UGGCCCGGCAACGUGGGUCAACCUGAUCGUCCCCAUGUUAUUUUAAACAUUAUUUAUCCUUAUUAUAUGGCUUAAUUAAGCUACAGCAGUGAUAUAUUUUGUUUAUUCGAGCUUCGGCCGUUACAGGAAAUUACAGAUGGGGAAGCCACAGAAAAAGAACAGUCUGUCGGAUAAAGUCCGCCGGACAAAAACUUCCACGGAGAUCAAGAACAACCCCUUCGAGGUGAAGAUCAACAGAAAGAAGUUUGACAUUCUUGGUCGGAAGAGCAAGCACGAUGUUGGUCUUCCAGGAGUGUCCAGGUCGAAGGCCAUUAAAAAGCGCAAAGAAACCUUACUGAAGGAAUACAAACAGAAAGACAAGUCUAAUAAGUUCAUUGACAGGCGGUUUGGUGAAUAUGAUACUAAAAUGGCUCCAGAAGACAAAAUCUUGAAGAGGUUUGCCAUGGAGAGACAGCGUGUACAUGAGAAGAAGGACAUCUACAACUUGAAUGAAGAAGAGGAGCUGACCCAUUAUGGCCAGUCCCUGGCGGAAAUUGAGAAGCUCAAUGAUGUGUUGGACUCAGACAGUGAAUCUGAGGAAAAAGGCCUGCUUUCUGCGGAGCUCACUGCGUCGCACUUUGGUGGGGGAGGGGGCCUGCUGAGAAAGAAGACUCCAGGAGAGAAAGAUGAUGAGGGAAGCCAAAAGCCAAAGUCCCGCCAGGAGCUGAUUGAGGAGCUGAUCAUGAAGUCCAAGCAGGAGAAGAGAGAACGGCAGAACCAGAAGGAAGAAGCUCAGGAGCUGACGGAGAAGCUGGACCAAGAGUGGAAGUCCAUCCAGGGUCUUUUGUCCCACAAAGUCCCCAAAUCAGAGCGCAAGGAGGAUGAACAGAAGCCCAAGCUGGAUGAGUACGAUGUGAUGGUGCGGGAGCUGGGCUUUGAGAUGAAGGCUCAGCCCUCGGAGAAGAUGAAGACCCCGGAGGAGGUGGCGCGGGAGGAGAGGGAGCGGCUGCAGAAGCUGGAGGCUGAUCGGCUGCGCAGGAUGCAAGGCGACUUUGAGGAGGAAGGUGCCAAGAAGGUGGCUCACCUGUCUGCUGACGACCUGAACGACGGUUUCAUCCUGGACAAGGAAGACAAGCACAUGCUCUCCUAUCAGGAUGGGAGGUGGAAUAUAGAGGAGGAGAUGGAGAAGGAGGAAGGGGAGGAAGAUGAUGGUGAGGAAGGAGAGAGCAGUCAGGAGGAGGAGGAGGAGGAAGAGGAGGAGGGGGAGUCAGAUGCAGAGAGUGAGGAUGAGGAGGAGGAGGAGGGCAGCGAUGAAGAGGACAGCCACUCCGACCUGGACUCUGAGGAAGAGAGUGAGCAUGAGGGAGAGGAGGCAGAGGAGCCAGCAGGAAAGGAGACUCCAGCCAAACCUUCCGUCUCUCUGAGCGAGGAGGAGAAACGCGCUCAGCAGGAGGCCGCCAAAGCAGAGCUCCCAUAUACCUUUGCAGCUCCAGAGAGCUAUAGUGACUUGAAGUCUCUAAUCCAUGAACAUUCGCCUGAGAAACAGUGCCUCAUUGUGGAGAGAAUACAGAAGUGCAAUCACCCAAGUCUAGCAGUUGGCAACAAGCUCAAACUACAGAAAUUAUUUGGGUUCCUUCUGGAGUAUAUGGGAGAGCUGGCUACCAGCAGUCCUCCUAAACUUACUACAAUCAGUAAACUCAUCCCGCAGUUAUAUGGCCUCUGCCAGCUGUUCCCGGACGCUGCAUGCAAGGCCAUGCAGACCGUGCUGAAUGACAGUGCUCAUGAAAUGGAAGAGGCUAUAGAGGUCAAAGGUCGUGCGGCUUUCCCAGGCCUAGACAUGCUGGUUUACCUGAAGAUCACUGCUCUUCUGUUCCCCACCUCUGAUUUCCGACACCCUGUUGUCACCCCGGCAAUGGUGUACCUAAUCCAGGCGCUCAGUAAGUGUCCCGUGACCUCGCUGGAGGAUGUGACCUCAGGGCUGGUGCUGUGUUGCCUGGCGCUGGAGUACGUCGCCCUCUCCCAGCGAUUCGUCCCCGAGCUCAUUAACUUCCUCCUGGGCGUGCUGCACCUGGCUGUUCCUGACAAACGAUCGCUGGGCUACCCCGUGGUGCCGCCCUUCAGGGCUGCGGGGAAAAGCUGUGACCUGCUGGUGCUGAGUAACGCGGAGGCGGCAGAGUCAUGGAGCAGGACGCCGCUGCCGCUGUCCAGCGUCAGGGGCCUCAAACUACAGGACGAGCCAGAGAGAGACCGUUACAGGUUGUCAAUGCUGGCUACCUGCCUGGACCUGGUGAAAAGGUGUGCCUCGCUGUAUAAAUCCCUCCCUUCCUUCAGCCCAAUCUUCCAGCCCAUCAGAACCCUGCUAACUAAACAUCUGGCUGUAGAAAGCCACCCUGCACAAAUCAAGGAUCUCCACAGGGAAAUAGUGGAGAUAUUAUCAGGUGUAUCGGUGUCACAUCCUCCCCUUGUGUUUGAUAAAAAGAAGCCCAUUCCUUUAAAACUGUUUACGCCCAAAAUUGUGGAAGUACUGGACUACGGGAAGAAGCGCGGAAGCUCGAAGCAGGAGCGAGAGAGAGAGAGGCUGAAGCACAAAUACAAGAAGGAGUUCAAAGGCGCUCUGCGGGAGAUCCGCAAGGACACCAAGUUCCUGGCCAGGGAGAAGUUGACAGAAAUCAUGAGCCGGGAUGCGGAAAGGAAGAGGAAGGUGAAGGAGCUGUUUGGCAGCCUGGCAACGCAGGAGGGAGAGUGGAAAGCCUUGAAAAGGAGAAAGAAGAAGUGAGACGGCUUUGCACAGAUGGAGAAUCUAUUUUCUCUGACAAGGAGCAAGUGCAGAGAAUACAGGACAGUUGAGCAGCUGGGCAUCAGUCAUUCUGUACUCUGCAGGGGCUUUCAUGCCUUAGUUUUCAAUAAUCAAUUAUUUUUUGUAUCCCAACUAAAUUGGACUCCUUUUCUGUUUUCUAUUAUGGAGAAUUUUUUAAACAUCAGUGAAAAUAUAAAUGCCAAGCAGAAAUCAUUUCCAUAAAACCAGAACUAAACUGGUUUAGAGUCUUUUUUUCCCCCACAAUGGUCUGUACCUCAAUAUGCACCCAAGCCGGUAUCCAGUGUCUUAUUCUGUUGUGAUACAUGUCAAAGUUAAAGACACGGCAUCAGUGUUCACAUCAACUGAUGAUAUGCGAGUGUAGACAUGUAUUACUUUACUGAUUAUUUCUUUUCAACUGUUAAGAGAGGAAUAAAAUCUUUUCAUUUCUGCUCAUGUACAUUUUUUUUCAAUACAGAAGGCUCUUUUAUAUAUUGAACAGCUGACUGACCAUUUUCAUUUCAUUCAACCUUCAGGCCUUCUCACCAAGGCCUUGGCC